CCCGGCGGCGGGGCGCGGAGGCCGGCGUGUGCGCUGCCGGGGUUGUCUUCUCCGGCGGGAUACGCUCCGUUCUCGUGCGGGUUGCUUCAUCCCGAUUUCCGUGUAGUGUUCGCGUGACUUCAUUGCUAUGCCAGCACUUCCAGACACCUUCCACGACCGCGAAGCGUCUGGCGCCCUAUGCGGCUGGCAGCUCCGUGCAGUGGGGGAGUUCCCGAGUGGGAAUCUAAGCUGGAAGCGCUCUUUGAAGUAUGUGAGAGAUUCUGCAAGAGGAUGCUCUCAAUAUAACAUCUGCAGAGGAGAGAGAAACUGUACCCGUUUUUCCUCUUCUGACUUUUACUCUGGUAUUGGGUUGGAAGACUUCCUAUCUGUAGGUGACACUUCUGGAACAGAGGAAGAUACAGACUCGGCUAUAUUAUAUGGAACUUUGCAAGGAAGAGUUGUUGGAUUACGAUACUACACAGGGAUUGUUAAUAACAAUGAAAUGGUUGCAUUUCAGAGGGAGCCUAAUAAUCCUUAUGAUAAAAAUGCAGUGAAAGUAAAUAAUGUGAAUGGAGACCAGGUGGGCCAUAUAAAAAAAGAACUAGCAGCAGCUUUGGCAGGCAUUAUGGAUGACAAACUAGCAUUAGUUGAAGGGGUUGUCCCUUAUGGAGCAAAAAAUGUCUUUACCAUGCCUGUACAAAUGAGCUUUUGGGGAAGAGAAGAAAAUAAGGAGGCAGUACUAGAUCAGCUAAAAAGGCACGGAUUUAAAUUGGCUCCUCCUCUGAAAGGUUCAGAAUGUGGGUUUGGAUCAAAAUGGAUUUCUGGGAGAGCUGGUCCAAGUUACAAUGCCCCGGUUCAUACUGCUGUGCAGUUGACACCUGAACAGCUUAAAAGUGAAUUUGACAAAUUGUUUGAGGAUCUGAAGGAAGAUGAUAAAACUUGUGAAAUGGAAGGAGCAGAGGCUAUUGGCACACCCUUGCUUCCUCAUCAGAAGCAGGCUUUAGCUUGGAUGGUUUCACGUGAGAACAGUGACGAUUUGCCUCCAUUUUGGGAAGAGAGAAGUAACUUCUAUUACAAUAUACUUACAAAUUUUGCUGAAAAGAAGCGACCUAAAAAAGUUCUUGGAGGAAUAUUGGCUGAUGAUAUGGGACUGGGUAAAACACUUACUACUAUUGCAUUGAUUCUUACAAAUUUUCAAGAUGGCAAGCCUCUUCCUGUUGAAAAGAUCACAGGUGAUCAGUUUUGCAAGGAAUCUGGCGCUACCAGCAUGAACAACGUUGGACGCAGAGCAUACUCUGGCAAUAUGAUGGAACCUGGUGUUUCUAAUGUAAAAAAGUUUGAAACUACUCCGAUGAAAUACUCAAAUUGUCUUCCGAAAAGAGAUAAAGCCAAGAAACCCAGGUAUUCAGGAAGCAGUGACUUGGGAGAGUAUGAAAAAUGUCUACUGCAACAAGCAGAAACAACUUCCUGUGUUAUCCAAGAAGAUACGGGCUUUGCAUCUGUUAUCCUACCUUCAUCUACUUGUUUAAAAAGACAGACAAAGAGAAAAGGUACUGCUAGCAUUCAGUCAGUUGAAAAGAAAUAUUCUGAUGAUAGCCCCAGAGCAACGCUGAUUGUAUGUCCACUCUCUGUCCUAAGCAAUUGGAUUGACCAGUUUGAACAACAUAUCCACCAAGAUUUUCAUGUAAAUAUUUAUGUUUAUUACGGUUCUCACCGUAGCAAAGACCCAUCAGUUCUUUCAGAGCAAGACAUUGUACUGACGACGUACAGCGUCUUAGCUACCGAUUAUGGAAUCAGAGAUGACAGCCCUUUACACAAAGUCAAGUGGCUGAGAAUUGUAUUGGAUGAGGGGCACACUAUACGAAAUCCAAAUGCUCAGCAAACUAAAGCUGCCUUAAAUCUCGAGGGACACAGGAGAUGGGUACUUACAGGGACUCCUAUUCAGAAUUCUGUAAAGGAUUUGUGGUCUCUUAUUUCCUUCUUAAAACUGAAACCUUUUACUGAUCAAGAGUGGUGGCACAGAACAAUUCAACGUCCAGUCACAAUGGGAGCUCCAGGAGGACUUGGGCGUUUACAGUCUCUGAUUAGGAGUAUUACCCUUAGAAGAACUAAAACAAGUAAAGUUAAAGGAAAGCCCAUUUUGGAGUUACCAGAACGUAAAGUACUUAUUCAGCAUGUUACGCUUACAGAGGAAGAGAGGCAUAUCUAUCAGUCUGUGAAGGAGGAGGGCAAAGCUGCUAUAAGCAGGUUUUUCAGUGAAGGGACUGUACUAGCUCACUAUGCUGAUAUCCUUGGUGUCCUGCUCAGAUUGAGGCAGCUUUGUUGUCAUCCUCAUCUUUGUAUAAAUUCGUCUACUUUUUCAGCUGAUAACGAAACUCCUGAAAAACUGCAUGAGACAUUAGUGAGUAAAAUGAAGUUGGUUCUGAGCUCUGGUUCAGAUGAAGAAUGUGCAGUUUGCUUGGAAUCACUGACUCUUCCUGUGAUAACACACUGUGCACAUGUAUUUUGUAAGCCAUGUAUUUUUGAAGUCAUCAGAAGUGAACAGCCAGAUGCCAAAUGCCCUCUCUGUAGGAAUGAGCUUCGGGUAGAGCACUUGGUGGAAUGUCCCCUAGAAGGAGAAAUAGACUCCAGCAAUGGAAAGAAGUCUGAUCAGGGGUGGAUAUCCAGUUCAAAGAUAAAUGCUCUCAUGCAUGCUUUGAUAGAACUACGGAGAGAUAAUCCAACUGCUAAAUGUCUGGUUGUUUCUCAAUUCACAACUUUCCUGUCACUUAUAGAAAAUCCCUUGAAAGAAUCAGGGCUUGCCUUUACUCGUUUGGAUGGGUCAAUGACACAGAAGAAAAGAGUAGAAGCAAUUCAGUGUUUCCAAAGCAGGCAAGCAGGAUCCCCAACUGUAAUGCUUUUGUCUCUGAAAGCAGGUGGAGUUGGAUUAAAUCUGACAGCAGCUUCCCGAGUGUUUUUAAUGGAUCCUGCUUGGAAUCCUGCUGCAGAAGACCAGUGUUUUGACAGGUGUCACAGACUGGGUCAGAAGCAUAAUGUUGUUAUUACUAAGUUCAUUGUGAAGGAUUCAGUGGAAGAAAAUAUGCUGAAAAUUCAGAACAAGAAGAGGGAACUUGCAGCAGGAGCCUUUGCUACCAAAAAGCCUUCAGCAAGUGAAAUAAAACAAACCAAAAUGAAUGAAAUUAAGGCUUUAAUUGAUUUAUAGCUUGAAACUGUGGUAUUCUGAGUAAAUAAUACAUUUAAUAUUUUAGUAUAUAAUGCUCUUCAAGUUAUAUGUCUCAUGCUGUCUUUUAGUUUUGCUGUCUUUGUGGUCAAAACAUAAAUGCCUCAAAUAAAUUGCAAAAACUAAUUUCCUCCUAAAUGUUAAUUUAGAAAUGCACAAACUUGUUUUGCACUCCUGAAAUUUUUCCAGUGUUCAUUUGUUCAAAAUGUUGCUUAUUAUGUACAACGCUUAAGAAUACAUAAAAAUCCCUCAAUACAUGAAUGUGUACUCAUGCAUUCUAACACGCAAGAAUUUAAUCUUUUUUUUUAGAGGUGAAAAGAUAACAAAAGGUAAAUAAUCCGUGUUUUGUCCUUCAGACAAAACCCUUAAGAAAUGAUAUAGCUUCAAGUUUCAAUCUCGGUGCUUCCUGAUAACCAAACAGAUCAUCUGGAUUGUUUGUUUCAGAAGAGGUGGUCAGUGAUCAGGAAUCCUUACUUUUGCAGACUAUGUUCAAAGUUGGUAUUUAAUUCAAAAUUUUAAGAUUUUAUUUUACUAUUUCUGAAUAAUACACAGGUGCAGCAGGGAGUUCUGCUGCUUACUUCCCAGGAGCUAGUAAAAAUGAAGUACUUAAAUUUGUAACACACUUUCUUUUAAUAUUUUACUUCCCUUAAACAGAAUUCCACUGAUUUUUGUAAAAGUACAGGUUUUGUGAUUUGGAUAAAAUGCUAGACUCAUAGGCUUGUAUUGAUAAUAUGCUUUCUAAUAAUUUCUGUACAUGCUUUGAACAAUAUGGCUGUGCUAUAUGCUAUAUGCAAAGCAGAAUAUGACCCACUCACUUGUCAGUGAAUCAGUUAGUCCUUGCAAAAUGAACAAACCAAAACAAAUUAUUUUAAUAGCUGCCAGCUUUCUAACAGUUUUCUUGCACUGCUAAGUGCUUUUCCAGUCUCAUACAUAUGUCUUAAUGGAGUGCUGAUCUGCAUGUGUCUUGAUUAAUAGAGGAAGACUUCGGUAAAGUACUCAUGUUCAUAUACUGCAGAGUAAUAAAUAGCACUGAAGAAUCUCAGUUGAAUAUUAUUUGAAUAUUCUUGUCUGUUCCUUCUAUCUCUUUCCAUUUGAUUUUGGUCUUCUGUUACGUGUUUUCUUAACACUAUGCUGUCUUCCUGUAAUGCUCAGACUUCAGAUUUGAGGGCAGGGAUUGCUAUGUUUAGGUCCUGUUUAUAUUUUGCUAUGUUUAGGUCCUGUUUAUUUUUUUUGUGUUAAAUUCAGGAGGUGUAUUUGGCAGCAGAGAAAUGGGCUCUGAUUUGCUUCUCGUGCCUUUCACCUUUUCUUACAUCUUGGAAUACCAGCCAGGUAGUUAUAAGAUGACUUGCAAACAUGGCAAAUGGAAAAGGACUGAGAAACAAAGGCAUGACGUCUGAUAGUUGGAGAAACAGUGAGCCAAUGGAAGGAGUGAGAAAGGAAUUCAAAAUAUGUAACCUAACAAACUGAUGCAGUUUUUGGGAAGCCAGCAUCUUAGCUAUGGAGAAAAGUGUGGUUUAAGUCUGUUAGAGAAAGAAUUAAAAAGACAUGAAUGAUGGAAGACAGUGUGAACCCCAGCAACUGGUUGUCACUGGAAAGUUGACAGAAUAUGAGAACUCUAGAGCUACACCUGAUAACAAUUUUUUUUUUUGGCGCAGAGCUUAUGGAAGUUAAACUUUCUUUGGGUUUUUGUGGUUCAGAUUGUGAUGUUUAGAGAUAAGCUGGAGAGAUAAUUCCUGAUUUUGAAUGAGAAAUUUGGCUCUGUGUCAUUCUUCCCAUUUUCCAAGUUAAAAUUCCAUGAGAAAGAGACCAGUUUCAAGGCUAGUCAAGCUAUGUCAUUACUUGUGUUAAAAUAUGCUGCCAUUUUACAGAGUGGCUGAGUUACGAGAACAAUUACUAGUACAAUUUUUUUUCUCUACUAGAUGAUGGUUUCCAUGUUCCAAAGCCAAAUAAAAACUUACUAAGUUGUAUGGCUAGUUAAGGUCUCUCCCAAGAAAGCCAUUACUGUAUCUGAGAACAGUUAAAGGUCAAAGCUGAGAGCAGAAAAGUCCUGUCUGAUUUGAUGGAGCUGUUUAGUUACUCGAGUGGUUUAAAAACCACAGUGUUCUGGGUGGUUGGGGUUUAUUUUUGCUUUUCAUGAUGUGGAGGUAGUCUUUGGCUGUUGGUAUUCUCUUUCUUGGAGUUCUAAUGGUAUGUUCUGUGGCAUGUUCUAGAAAUGAGCUUUUUGGAAUUUUGAACUUGGCAUUUAAAAUUCCAAAGAUGGAGGUAAUAGUCUAUCACUCUGGGGUCUCUCUUACCCCCUACGUAAAGUAAAGAUGUAAAUUUAAAAAAAAACAAAAACAAAAACAAAAACAAA